AUGGGAAGGUGCAAACUCAAGGAACGCGAACGAGACGCUAGCUACUGCCUCCACUUCGUCGAAAACCUCAAAGGAGCCGCGCUCGAAUGGUUUUCUCGUCUGAAACGAAACUCCAUCGGAAGUUUCCGUCAGCUCGCCUCGGAGUUUCUCAAACAGUAUUCCAUGUUCAUGGACAGGGAAAUCUCAGACGUCGACCUUUGGAGUCUAUCUCAAAGAGAGGACGAACCACUCCGCAAAUUCAUGAACAAGUUCAAGCUGGUAAUGGCAAGAGUCACUGGAAUCAGCGACAAAAUGGCAGUCGACGCUUUGCGGAAAACUCUCUGGUACAGGUCGAAACUCUGGCAAUGGAUAUCCCUUGAAAAACCGAGAACAAUCCAGGACGCUCUUCACGAGGCAACAGAGUUCAUCAUAGGAAGAAGAGAUGAAAGUCCUCUCCCAGAAGUACAACCCGCAGAAGACGUCUGCGAGAAGGAAAAACCCUCGCAACGACAGGUUCUCGGGGCAAGGCUUGCUGCGAAGCUCCUCGCCGGUGAAAUUUCGAAGGUCAUAGGCAUAAAAGACCUCCUCCUGGAUUCCGAUUGCCCUCCCAGAACUGAUAAAGAGUCCCCCAAAAAUGACACCCGUGAAAAUCAGUUGGGCGAGAAACGCGGAAGGAGGAAGGAUGACCGAGGAAACGACAGCAACCGUCGAAGGGUGAGCAUGAUCAUUGGGGAAUCACAAUUCUAUCGCGAUUCUAUCUCGUCGAUCAGAGCUUAUGGACGGAAGGCUGAGACGAGUUCAAGCUGGCUGGCUCGUUCCCCAACCGACGAAGCCCCUAACAAUACGAUCGUCUUCGAAGAGCGGGAAACCAUCGGAAUCGACAAACCUUACUGCGACCCAUUGGUUAUCGAUCUGUCUAGGCUCUGCUUCUUGGCCGAGCAUAAACUACGACAAACUCGGAACACCCCCACGGUUAACCCGAAGCUGGCUAAGAAAGCUCAAAACGCUCCCGAGAGCUCCAUAAAAAUUGAUCCAGAAUCACCCGACCAGGCAACGACUCCAGACAGCGACAUAGUCCCCGAGUCCAUCGCCUUACCAGCGGACAUCCCGACUCCUGAAAUGGUCGUCGAUCCAACUGAAGCCCCAACGGCUGAAGUAACCGGAACGAUCCCAUCCAGCGAGUAG